AUGGUUUCACGUUGUAAGUAUCAAAGCUCGUCCGAAGUCGGCGCAUAUGCAACAUUAACAGACACCUAUUGCUUACUUCCCACCACAACGACAAAAUCAUGGACAGAAACUUUUGAUGUUUUGACAGAUUUCAACAACACAACAUUAGUCAUGUCUAAUAUCGCAGGUACACCAAUUGUCGGCAGAUUGACUGUUGGCAACAAGAAUGGUUUACUUGUUCCGUUAACAACAACAGAUUCAGAAUUAGCUCAAAUUGAGCAAUCCCUUCCAGACGGAGUUGUCGUUGAAAGAAUUGAAGAGAAGUUUUCUGCUUUAGGCAACGUCAUUUCAUGCAAUGACCAUAUAGCUUUAAUCCACCCAGAACUCGACCAAGAAACAGUCGAAAUUAUCAAAGACGUUUUACAAGUUGAUGUCUUCCCAACAUUGAUUGCUAACGAGUCCUUGGUCGGUUCAUACUCAGUUUUCACAAAUAGAGGCGGAAUUGUUACGCCAAAGGCAACAGUUGAAGAAAUUGAGGAGCUUUCUGGUCAAUUAGGCAUUAAUAUCGAAGCUGCUACGGUUAAUAGAGGAAGUGGCUUAGUUAAUGCAGGAAUUUUAGUUAAUAACAGCCGCCUUUUCUGCGGUUGGGAAACAACAGCUCUUGAAAUCGCAAACUUAACAAGAAUCUUCAAGAUCGAUGAUAAUACAAUGAAGACUGAAGAAAAUGGAACUGUUGACGAUGUAGAUAUCCUCGCUUUAAUAGACUUGUAUUUAUCUAAAAACUUAUACUAUUAUAUCGUACAAACAUACCCAUUCCUAUUUUCAUUGAACUCUUAUUUCAUAUUUGAGAAGAUUAACGAUAAAAAUCUCUAUUGA